CCAUGAAAAGCUGUCACAUAUUAUGCUUUCCUAAAUCUUUGCAGUCAUAGACUCUUGUCAAGAGUUCUUAUUAAUGUUUGGAUUGAAAACAACAAUCGAAUUUUUCAAUCAGAUUAACCUUCGAUGAAACGUUUUCAAAAGAUAUGUUUUAGACUUUGUUCUCUCUAUAGCAAACAUUGUAUGCACAUUGCUGGAUUAUCAAAGUAUUGUGUGACCGCAGUCUGAUAAGGUCUACGUUAUAUAUAUAUAUAUAUAUAUUGGAUGUGGUUUUGGGAUUAUUGUAUCAUCCAUGAACCGCGAUAAGCCAAAAGUCCAGCGGUCCAAGACGGACCUGGAUACUCUCCGGAAGACAUGGACAGAACUGAAGCACGUGCAGUUGUUGGACACAAGGCAACAGGAAGAAGAGCGCAGCUGGGACCAAGAGUUCUCAAAGCGCAAGAACGAGCUCGAACAACAACAACAUAUUUCAUCUAAAAAGAGAAUCCAGAACAAGGCUCGAUUGGCCGACAUCUCUGCCAGGUGGCGCAGUUUAGAACGAAAGCGACUGGAAAAAAGCGAGUUCUAUCUCGAGCGAUUUCGCACCAGUCUCAGUCUCGCCGCCAGCCGACAAGAGGCGAUGUCAUAUGGCUCACCUGCUGUCUCCUUCGAUAGAUGACAUGAGCAGUCACAUCUUUGAGAACUGUACCUCUUGGCACGAUUGGUCUUGGGUAGAUAAUGAAGGCCAUCAUUGGAUUUGAUCUGUGAUCUCGUUUCAAGUAUUAGGGAACGCACAUGCAAUGGACAAUUAUUUUGCUUGGACUGUUCUUGACUUUGCACGCCAUGUACUCUUCACGUGUAUGUCUAUAUAUAUUUUUAAUAUUAUUAUGCGAGUUGUUUAUUUAUAACUGUUACAAACAUGUACAUGUAUUUUCUUCAUUACAUAA